AUGGCAUUUUUUACAUGUUUCGAUGAUCUACCCGAUCUGGUAUUGAUCGAGCUCUUUUCAUAUUUAUCAUCUAUUGAUAUUCUCUGGGGAUUUACUUGUCUUAAUCAUCGUUUUAAAAUGUUAAUAACCGAACGAGGUUUCUUUUAUCAUAUUAAUCUAUCACUUGCACGUUAUCAUCAGUUUAAUAGAAUUCUUCAUUUUCUUCCAUUAAACAAUAUUCAAUCACUUGCAAUUGAUUGUGAUGCAUCUCCACGUCAAUUAAAUUGUUGGCCUUAUUUACCUUGUUUAAGAACUUUUCUUAUCAUUGGUUUAUACAAUCAUGAUGAUCUUUUAAGAUUUCUUUUGCUUCAUGCAGCUACACUCACUCAUCUCAUUAUCCAAUCAAGUGAAAGAAUAGUACCGGAUGGUUACUCGGCCAAAUUCGAAUAUCCUUUAGGCGACAUGGUUACCCUAAUAGAUAAUAUUAUUCUUUUUCAUUUACCUGCACUUCGAUCUCUCGAUUUGGGCAUGGAUUAUUACGGUACAUGUUGGUCCAUUACAACUGCAAUAGUUCCUCUUACCUAUCUUCGUCUUGCAUUGCCAUGUAUGGACACUUUAGUACUUCUUAUGUCAACACAACCAUUACCCAAUACAUUACGUCAAUUACACAUAAAACUAAGUAGCGGUUGCAGUAUCAGUCGUUCUUCUACGUCAACAUCUAAUCCUUUGAUUCGAAUGGUUAAUUUACAUACAUUUACUGUUAUUCAAACAUUUUUCUCCAAGUUCACAAUUGAAUGGACAAUAUUCGAAAAUCUAACAUCUUCAAAUGUUAUGCCUAUUCUUCAACAUGCUAAUAUAUCCCUUUUUAUUAAUAUUAAUGACUUAAAUCGUAUUAGUUCAUCGUCACUUUUUACUGAUCAUCGUCAUGUCGAUGUUCAUUUCACUUUUAAUCUUAUCAAUUGUCCUCAAUAUAUAAAGGUAACUCAAUAUAUACCACGUGGUAAUCGAUUUCAUCCACGAGAAAUAAUCGGUGUGACAUUUGUUGUUAAUCAUUGGUCUAGCAGAUCAGAAUGGUUCACUGAUAAGGAUCCUUUUAGUUCUGAUCGACAAUAUUAUCACCAUAUGUGGUAUACUCUUCCAUGGACAUUUGAUGAAUUCUUUCACGAAUAUAUUCCAUACAGAUGGAUUACUAAUAUACAAGUUUUUGAAAAAUCUUCUCAANUAAAUCUUCGAGUUCUUGUUCAAGUCUUUCUAGUUCAUUAUUUAGUUGCUUGA